AUCUUUCCACUUAUCCUCACUUUACUAUUUAUUUUCUUACUUUUGGAAUGAAUAAUCACUCAGCAAUUCUUCCUAAAUCUCCUAAAAAGUUUCUCUCUGCUCUUUGUCCUAAAUUUCAUUAUAGCUUCAAUGGAAAACAUAGUGGAAAAAGAAGGGGAAAAUGCAAAAUGUUUAUUUGGGGAAAGGAAAAGCAUUAGUUUUGAAAAGCCGAUUAAGGCAAAGCCGCCAUGGCAGAUUCUAAAGGACGAAGAAAAGAAAGCAGAAUCCAAGAGAAAGGAUAUAGACCAGUAUGUUAAAAAGGUCGUAGAUGGGCUUUACACAAAGCUCGUAGACGCAAAGCCAAUCUUGCGAAGGUUUUCGUCAAUUGAAAAGAAGCUUAAUUGUUUGGACGGAAUUACAGAAAUUCUAAAGUUGAAGAUGGAACAGAAUCUGCUAUUUCACCUGAAGAGAUUUCGGUCAUCGCUUGAUAAUACCAAUAAAAUUACAUUUGGUGUUAAUGACAGACAUCAAUUUAAGAAAGCCACAAGCGAUUAUUUUUCUCUCUUAAUCGGUGGACAAGGAUCUUCCCACAUAGAUUUGUUGACAAAACUAUUGCGUUUGAGGGAUACAUUGGUGGAAUAUCAGAAUGAAUACAUUAACAUAUUACAAGGAAAGUGGUCAAAGAAUAAAGAGGAUGUAUUACAGAACAUAGUUCAAACCAGAAGAGAAUUGGAGUAUGCAGAAAAAGUAUAUUUAAUCUCACGAAGGAGAUACAUACCUAAAUUAUCCACUGGCGUGGAUCUUAUAUCUUCCAAAUAUUCCUCUGAUUAUGAUGGAUUAUUAUCUCAGAUGAUAUGUAGGAAAGAAGAAAUGAUGAAGUUGGAAGGUGAAUAUGUUGCGUUAUUGCGAGCUGGGGCGACGUUCUCGAAUGAUGUACUUUCACGAUAUUCUGAAGAUAUAUUACAAAGGGCUGUAAGUUCGAAAAGGGACUCAUUGAUCAUCGACGAAUUGUCCUCCAAUGAGAUCAUAGGAGAGAGAACAUGGUCAUUAUUCGACGUUCAACCAAUAUAUUUCCGACGUUUAUGCGAUGUAAUAAGCAUGAUGUUGUCUAUGAGAUUCUACUCUUUGUGGGAACGACCUGAUAUGUACCCAAAUUUGGUGGAAGACUUCAAGAUAGACUACAAAACAAAUCGACUAGAAAAUCUUGUAAAUUUGAGGAAAGAAUAUCUAAUGGUGGAAGACGAAUACUUAUGGGUCUUACAAGAGAGACAUACCAAGAACCAUGCCAACACAUCCACUUCAUUUAGUGUCCACCAAAUUCAUUCAGAAUACGUCUGGGAAUAUCUAUUUGACACCAUAUUAUGUUGGAAGAAUGAUCUGAGAUUGCUGGAAGAUACUUGUGCUCGAAAGCUAGGGGAGAAAUACUCAAACAAAUGGUCUUAUGAAUGUGAUGAUUUAGAAGAGAUUGAGAAAUUAAAGAAAGAGUUAAAGGAGGCAGAAGAAGAAUGUUGUGAGCUUAUACAAAAGAAACAUUUAACAAUCCUCAAUGACAUUCCAUCAAUGGACGUGACUCAAAUAUAUGCCAAGUACAUUCACCAAGAACUACUUGAUGAAAUAGUAUCGUUGAGAGUAAAAAUCAAAAUGUUGGAAAGGGAUUAUCAUCGCAUCCUAAGCAAACCUUCAUACGUGUACAACCAACAAGACAGACAAGAAUUUGAAAGUGUAGGAACGGGCAGAGAAAGGUUAUGGGAUAUAGAACAACAAUAUUUUGAUCGAUUGAAAUACAACAUUGCAGCAAAGAAUUUCCUUCAACCACCUGAUCUAAAGAUGGAAGCUUUUGAAUCACUGGAUAACAAUGUUGAAGAAGAAGAGUUCCUCACAACAUUAUAUUAUUCAGUAAAAUCAUUUAACAUAUACUGUGUGGAGUGCAUGAGCUAUAUCAACAAUCUCAUAAAGCGAGCUUUGGGAUUAGAAGAUGAUGAAGAAUUAAGUGCCAUAAUUUCAUUCGAAGGUGAAAACGUGGGUGAAAUGUGUAAUGACGUUGUGGAUAAGUUUCUGUAUUCGCGUAGCAUAUGUUGUCCCAUUUGCAUCAAGGCUGUCAGGAUGGCGACAAUUCAACAAAAGAAUACAUCAACGGCUUCUGGACAAACUUCUACAUCCAUUCCUAACCAAGGUGAUGAGGCAAUAUGCAAUCAAGAAGAUUCAACUAUCACAAUGCCUCUCGAUGAAAUAAUUUGUGUCCAACAGAGCAGUAACGUUGGAAGGUGGAAGAUUCGAAGAUGCAUAGUACUUGGUGGUUUAAUCCAAUCAAUUACAAGUUUAGUUAUUGUCACUGCAGCAACAACUGCUAAUAUGUCUGAUGGAAAUAUAGUAACUUUGGCAUUCACAAAUUUGAUUACCGGACUCUUUAUUGUUAGACACGAUUUAGGUUCCUGGUGCGUAUCCAUCCCAACGAAGCAGCGUUGGACACAAGUAUUGGUCUUAUGCCCAUCCCAUAGUGAGGAUCACAGAUACUCGAGCUUGACUUUUUGUCAAUUUUUGGCAACCCCUAUUUCACAAGACUAAUCGAGAGUGUUGACUAAAUAGUCAUUGUAUUUAAUUAGUUCCUUGGUUUUCAUCCUAUCUUUUGCGAUCGACUUCGGUUCAUUUCUUUAGUCUGUCCCGAGAUUGUUCCCAAAUUUUGGAUUUUUAAUUUGGUUAGUUAACUAUAGGGUGAGCAACCCCUAGUUUUUACAAAAUAUCUUUAUUCAUAAAAUUGUUUGAGUCCCAGUUGGAUUUUUCAAUGUAAUUUUUGAGUUUGUGAUUAAUUAAGUGUCUAUUUGAGGUUCUUCAUUUAGUUUUAUAAAAUCUUAAAUCCACGUAUAACAGUUGUAUUUCUUCUAGGAUUCUUCUCAGUUAAUGUUGUUUUUGUAAUUUCUUUGUAAUACUUUAACAACUUGAGAUAUAGGUAAAGCGAUGUGAGAGUAAAACUUAUCUGAUUUUUGAAGUUGGUGCUUUAUCUACUCGACAACUUAGCUCUAGUUUCGAGCUUCAAAACCCAUAUUUAAAAAAUUUUAGGCCUUCAAUCUUUGUCAUACUUGAAUCAAAUUUUAGGUCUUCAAUCUUUGUUAUACUUGAGUCAUCAAUCCUGUUUGAAAAUUUAGUAAACAUUUCAUAAGCUUCUAGCAUAUCCCUUAAUUCAUAAUAAGCCUGCUAAUUUUGAGAUGCUUUUCUCACAUAUUUGUAUGAUUUUCUAUGUUAUUCAAGCAUCUGAUGUUCCAAUGAAGUUGAAUUGGGUGAAUAUGAUUUUGGGUCUUCAACUCUAUCAUUUUUUUUUUGACAAACAAAUCAAUCAAGCUAAAUGACCACGUUAUGCAAGUGUAGGUCCAUUUAGCAAAGUGGUACAAUGUGGGAUUUGUUCGAGGGAGAAUCAAAGUGGUACUUUGAUCGAGUGGAGGAUUGUUAGAAGUGUAAACAAAAUCCCACAUAGGUUAGAGAAGGAAAUGAUCAUGGAUAUAUAAGUUAGGACAAUUAUCUCUAUUGGUAUGAAACCUUUUGGGGUGAAACCAAAAGCAAAGCUAUAAGGGAUUACUGAAAUUUAAAGUUAUUACUUUGACGAAAGCUUGGAACCAAAAUAUUAUGAAGUGUUUUGAAAGAUGUAGCUUGGUUUAGUCUAGGAGUACCUAUAUUAAAGAAAUAAUAAUAAUAAUAAUAAAGUCUUAUAAUUAAAAAUUAAUUCUAAGCCAAGUUAGGCAGAUCAUUGGAAAGACAUUUGUUGUUUCGGUACGUAGGUCAUGCAAGAUUGCAACACUAAAUUAAAUACAAGCAUGUGUAGCCAUCAUAAAAUG